AUGUGGCGCUCGCCUUCAGCGGAACCUAAGCCUACACCUUUGCGCACAAAUACACCCAGGAUAAUCCAUCGUCCUUCUAGCCUUCCCCGCCGUCCCCCUGUCCGCCCUUCUGGCCGCCGUCACAUCAUUCCUGUUGAUGAGGAAUAUCGUCGACUGGAAUUGGACAAUGAGGCCCAAGUUAACGCUAUGGGAGAAAUCAUGCAACGUGAAAUUGACCGUGAACACGAAGAAUUUCGACAACUGAACCUAGACCAAGAGGAAUAUCGUCGACUGGAGUUGAAUAAUGAGAAUCAAGUCCGAGUGAUGGCAGGAAUCAUGCAAAGCCAGCGCGAACGUGAACUCGACCGUCAGCGUUACCGACAACUCAACCGUCUACUUGACGAGCCUCAUGCCGGCACACGUUCUCCAGUUUUGAACCUGGGUGUUAGCGAAGAUGGGUUAGACUUGGAAAUCGCCCGACGUGAAGCUUUGGGUCGAGCUCUUGGUAUGCUUGGUGGAGGACUUGUUACGCGCCCUUCUGCGCAACUUCAUACCACAAAUUGGACGGUUGGUGUCCCAACCCAAGAUAUUCUUGAGCCCCCUCGACGUACCCCAAGCUUUGCACCAGCGGUCGGAUACCACACCACCAUAUCCGCGCGGCCUCCUUCUACGCAGUCUCACCAGACUCGGCAACAAAACAAUGCUCGGACACCGGAAUAUGAUGAUAGCGAUAUCACCUAUUACCGAGAGAGACUUGGGUACCGCGUGCGGAGCCCUGACGCCGAGCAGGACGAUGAUGUUUGGGAGCCUCUUGUAUCCACAAUCACCAUGGAUAGCAACAUUCCAUCCGGCACCACCAAUUCAUCAACCGACAACACGACCCGGGAUUCAGCAAUCCCAUCGGACACAAAUCCUUGCGAUAUUGCUCCAACGGAGGAUGUCAACGGUCUUGGAUUUAGGAUGCGACGAACUACCCGUGACAGAGACAAUCAGGGUACUUGA